AGGCUACAGGAGUUUGAAAGCCUGCCAGACUCUUUGGUUGUCCUGGAUUAAAAGAUGGGAAUUUUUUAAUGCUGAGAAUUUCCUGCCCGAUAAUGGAAUGACAAAUAUACAUAUAUAUGAUUUCCCAGGAAGAAAAGGGAUCCUUGCUGUACAUCAGGGUGAGUGAUGGCCAAAUUAUUCCUGAGACAGCAUGGAUUCUUCCCUUCCUGUCUUCCUUCAAGGACUAAUCUUAAAUAUUAGUGUGUGACAGGCCAUGGAGAUCCAGGAAGAAAGAUCUCAGGCCUCCCCCUGGAGCUUGGGGUGCACAUCACAGAUAGGCAGGGUGGAAUAGUGAUGUGGGGCCAGAAUACCAAAAGGGAGCCCUAGGAGGAUAGAUAGGAGACCAAGCUUGGGGCUCCUGGCUCCUAUGACAGGGCUCCUUUCAUCCUGUGAUAUUUCACCCCAGAGCACCAUCUGGGCAUCUGAAAACUGAUGAUAGGACACCCUUUCCUGCACGAUCCUGCCUGUGCAUGGCCUGGACACAAGCCUGAAGUGAUGGGCCCAUUGAUCACAGGACUGAAAUCCGUGUGAGCCCCACUCAAUCCUUUGCUAUUAAUUCUUGAUCUCAUGUAUGUGUCAUAGUGACCGGAAGCUGGCUAACACACACUAGUAGAAGACUAAUGAGACAUCAUUGCAGAAUCCCAAAACUGCACAAAAUCCACCUCUGUAAAGUCCAAUUUAUUUGGUGCCUCAAGGCUGCCCCAUAAUCUGUCACAUUUAGGUAACUUGUCUGUCUUUCUGGCCACCUUAUCUAUGUGGCCCCAUUUGCUCAUUUGAUUAAAUGUGUACCUGCUAGACCCCCCCCCCCCCUUCUGCGUGUUCAUGAGUACAGAGGAAAAGUAAGCUGUUUGAUCGACCAUGAGGAAGGAGGAACAGGAAGAGCAAUGUUACAGAUUCCCGAGAGAAACAGAGAGAUGACAUGCCCACCAGCUCGUCUCUUGCAGCCCAGAGGAGGGGGACCAGAAGGUUCAAGGGAACAAAGAGAUAGUCUAACAUCAGGAUGCACAAGUCUCACUAGACGUGGAAGGUGGAUGGACAUCAUCAUCACUUGUGAGCUCCUGGUCGAAACUGAAAAGCUACUUGUGGGCAGAGUUUCACUAACCUCCAUGACGGAGACCAUGAAAUGCAGGUAUCCUCAUUACCCAGAUUUAUACUCACAAGAAAACACCACAGGAAUAUUUUAGACUUCUCUAGCCUCAUCCUUCUCACUCAUCCCAUUCUCUCUCUGUAAGAGAGUGAAAUAAUAAGUCAGGAGUUAGGACCCAGAGAUGUUUUAGCCUCACAAGACCUGACAGCUCACUGGGCAUCAGUGAAGUGCACUUUAAGAAACCCACACGGAAGGGAGAUGACCUGUGACUAUUUUCAUCUCAGGCAGCUGGUCAUGAUCCCCUUGGGUUCCAUCUGGACUUUGAACCACUUGUAUUUUGUUUUUCAACCCUGCUCCUUUCCAGGGGCAAUGCUGUGUGGUUGAAAGGAAGAAAUCACCUCUCUAAAGCAGACAUCAUGCCAGGCUUUUUCCUGGUCCUUCUGGUUCUCAGUGUCACUCUCUCAGGUUCCCGGGUGACUCUUACAGCCACCGAAGAACUCAGCUCCAUAGCCGAACAUGAAGACGCCCUCCUCAGACAUUUGUUCCAAGGUUAUCAGAAAUGGGUUCGCCCUGUGCUGAAUUCCAGUGACACCAUAAAAGUGUAUUUUGGAUUGAAAAUAUCUCAGCUUGUGGAUGUGGAUGAAAAGAAUCAGCUGAUGACAACCAAUGUGUGGCUCAAGCAGGAAUGGACAGACCAAAAAUUACGCUGGAAUCCCGAAGAAUAUGGUGGAAUUAAUUCGAUAAAGGUUCCGUCAGAAUCGCUCUGGCUUCCUGACAUAGUUCUCUUUGAAAAUGCUGACGGACGUUUCGAAGGUUCCCUCAUGACCAAGGCCAUCGUGAAAUCCAGUGGGACCGUCAGCUGGACUCCCCCUGCCAGCUACAAAAGCUCCUGUACCAUGGACGUCACGUUCUUCCCAUUCGACAGGCAGAACUGCUCCAUGAAGUUUGGAUCCUGGACUUACGAUGGGAACAUGGUGGACCUCAUUCUGAUCCACGAAAAUGUUGACCGGAAAGACUUUUUUGAUAACGGAGAGUGGGAGAUACUAAAUGCAAAGGGGAUGAAGGGCAGCAGAAGAGAAGGUGUUUAUUCCUACCCGUUUGUGACCUACUCUUUUGUUCUGAGACGCCUGCCGUUGUUUUACACGCUCUUUUUGAUUAUCCCCUGCCUGGGGCUGUCUUUUCUCACGGUCCUGGUGUUCUACUUACCUUCUGAUGAAGGGGAAAAGCUUUCACUCUCAACCUCGGUUUUGGUUUCUUUGACGGUGUUUCUUUUAGUAAUUGAAGAAAUAAUCCCGUCUUCUUCGAAAGUCAUCCCUCUCAUCGGGGAGUACCUCCUCUUCAUUAUGAUUUUUGUUACCCUGUCCAUUAUUGUCACAGUUUUCGUCAUUAACGUUCACCACAGAUCUUCUUCAACCUACCAUCCCAUGGCCCCCUGGGUGAAGAGACUGUUUCUGCAAAAACUCCCGAGAUGGCUUUGCAUGAAGGACCCCAUGGACCGCUUCUCCUUCCCCGAUGGAGAGGAGAGGAAAGCAGCCGUGAGAGGCAAAGUCUCAGGGAAAAAGAAACAGACGGCUGUUAGUGAUGGAGAAAGAGUUCUGGUCACUUUCCUGGAAAGGGCCGCUGAGUCCAUCAGAUACAUUUCAAGGCACGUGAAGAAGGAGCAUUUCAUCAGCCAGGUAGUGCAAGACUGGAAAUUUGUGGCUCAAGUUCUUGACCGGAUCUUCCUGUGGCUCUUUCUGACGGUUUCAGUUUUGGGCUCCAUUCUGAUUUUUAUUCCAGCCUUGAAGAUGUGGCUGCACCGUUUCCAUUAGGAACGACUCUCCAGAUCCACUUAGAAGACACGCAGAGAUAAGUCUCACCUUAGGACUCACAGUGGCUGGCAUGUUCACAGAACGCAGAUGUAUGCACUAGCUCUAGUGUCCUCAUCCUGUCACCUGAGCUUCCUGUGAUGGAAGGACUCCGAGAAAAUGUCGCUUUGAUCUAAUGUGAUGGGUUGCUGCCAUUGGAAGUGGAUUUGGACAAUUCAAGAGGGACUCCAAGUUACAUUCAUGAGGCCCCAAACUCCUGCAUCUAUUCAUUCCCACACUCCUGCACAUCUCUAUCCCCUGAACUCCUGCAUCUGCUUAUCCCCUGGACUCUUCCAUCUGCUCAUCCCCAAAUGCCUGCAUUUUGCCCAUCCUGGUACUCCUGGUAUCUUCCCAGACUUGGUGGUUGGCCUGAGCUGCAUACUGGUGUGUGGUACUUACUUCUCUACCAGUGUGGGUGAACACAUUUUGACAACAAUUUCAGGAUUUAUAUAGGUACACUUCUUGGCUUAGAACACUGUAAGUACAAUGGUCCAAGAUGCCACUUGUCAAUGAAUGUCCCACCAAUAUGGCAUUCAACAGCAAGAGAGAGACACUGAGACUUGGGCUUUUGAAACCCCCAAACCCACCCUCAAUGACAUACUUUCUCCAACAAGGCCACACCUACUUCAGCAAGGCCACACCUCCUAAUCCCUCUUAAGUAGUGCUACUACCUGAUGAUUAAGCAUUGACAUAUAGGAGCCUAUGGGGGUCAUUCCUAUUCAAACCACCACAGAUAGAAUUGGUUUCCACUGAGUCUUCUGCCUUCACAUCCCCCCCCCUCCCUGCCACCCGUGUCUCAUUCCUUUCCUUACCGCACCCCAUGGCUCCUCUAGGACUGAGGGGGAGCAUCGAUCAGAUUGACUUUGCUGCUGCUAAGAAUCCCUCCCAUGUUUUGUUAAAAGAGUCUGUUCUCCGCAGUGAUGAAAGCCUGUCUGCUCUGCUUAUUUUAGACAUGGUUCUUCUAAGCAGUUUGUUCCUGAUAUUUGAAAACCCCAAUCUCAGGUUUUAUUUUUAGAUUAUUGUCAUUGCAACACACAGUAAGAGUUCAGUCUUCUUAUUUGUAUUAGUCCAUGCUUUUUUCUUUCCUAAUCCUCUCAAGCUUGUCUUUUUAUCUUUAGACCUGGAUAUGUCACAGCAUGUCUAAGCAAUGAUGUCCAUCCAUCUCUGUCCAUCUCUCUGUCCUUCUCUUCCCCCUCCUUCCUUUCCCCUUUCCUCCCAUCUCCUCCUCUCUGCCUUCAGUGACUAAUGUCUUCAAACUAUGCAGAUCUUCUUCAGUUUCUUUUACUGUCUUUCUCCAUUUUCUCUCUUUUCCUCUUGACAUUUCUGGUAGGGACCUUGUCAUUGCUGGACCUGCUCUCCGUGUUUAUUAACUGAUUGACUCUUUUCUUAUGCUUUUACAUUCUUUUUCAAAAUACAGUAUUUUCUUAAUUCUUUGAAAAAUUUACACAACAUAUUUUGAUCCUACUUAUCUCCGAUAUUCCUACCCCCCAAUUUCUCCCUGAUCUACUCCCUAACUCUAUCCUCCAACUCCAUGCUCUAAUGUAUGUAUGUAUGUAUGUAUGUAUGUAUGUAUGUAUGUAUGUAUUUAUUUAAAUAUCCCUUUGAUUCCAGUUUGUGCUGCCUGUAUACUCUGGUGUGGCUCCAGCUCUUGGUCACUGAGGAACCCAGGCCCCUGCAGGGACCCAUACUUUGACUAUUCUGCAGCCAUGACAGCCUGUGGAAAACACCCAACAGAAUGUAGGCCCUUGGCACAGUGUGAGGUGCCCUUGAGUCCCCAACCUUGAGCCUAGCUCUAGUUAUAGGAAAACCCUAACAGGUAUCCUCAUAAAGUAAAAGAAGCCAAUUAAAAGUUAAAGCAAGUGGGGUUAUGAUAAAGAAAAAAUGUAUUAGUCAUAACAACCACCAAAAGAGAUAAUAGUUUUCUUGUAGCUGCAAAUUAACCAAGGACAGCACCUCCAGAUGGGAGGUGCAUCAAUCCUGAGUCUGCUCCUACAUAGUCUGAAGACCCCCAACCCCACCUUGCUUCACCAAUGUUGCUUUACUCCCUAUAAAUACUCUGUCCCCUUGCUACUUGGGGUCUCUCCUGCUCUGCUGGCUGCUGCGUCAGAUGAAUAGAGAGUCCCGAGUUAACUCAUAACAACACAAAGACUCUCUGCUUUUGCAUCGGAUUUGGUCUCAGCGGUCUUUGGGGGACUCUGGCUACAUCAGUCCCAUCUCUGCAGCUGGUCCCCUUCUGGCCGUUUGAGUUGGUAUGUGUGAGUAAGGUCGGGCGGAAGUCCUUGUUUAUAGCCUCUUGUUCACAUCACACACCAGAAGUGGUACAGGGGACGUCUUGGCUCUCAGGCUGCCAGUAUCAGACUUCCACCUCUGGCUCUACAGCCUGCACCAACCCCUCCCUGCUUAUGGUAAUUCAGUUCUUGGUCACACUUCUCUGGCUUGUCUUUCUUAGACUCUUCAGAUGGUCUUUAAGUGUGUGUGUGGAAGGGAUGGUUUAAACCCAGGUCUGGAGUUUAGGGAGCUUAGCCAUAGCCAGUUGAAGGAGAAUGUUUGCCUCAGCCUCUUCAGAACCUGUUGCAUAGCCUACACUGCCCCCUCCCUACCCCUUCCCUACACCUGCUGCCAAUAGUGUGCUUGGAUCUGGUUCCAUCCAGUAUAUGAGAUGGAUUUGUAAAGAAAUGAGUCAACACAGUGAAAUAAAAUCUAGGGAACAAGGCUUGUUGGUCCUAGCUUUGUGGCUAGCCAGCAGUGUGAGCACUGAGCCUUAAACUAGCUGUGUGCCCUAGAGGACUUCAGCGUGUGGGUCAGCAGCAAGAGGUGAGGAUGCGUGACCUUUGAAGUUCUUCUCAGUCCUACACUCUAUGUCAUGGACACUUGCUCUGGAGCUUCCUCAGUGUUGAACCACAGGGCUCCUCACAGCAGCUUUGAUCCUCAGAGAGGCUGUAAUCUGCUUUGUGGCUACCUCAGGACAGAAAAUCAAGGCUUAGCUAGGACUUCCUGAAUGAUAAUGUGGAUAAAAGGACAAAUAGUUAUUAUCCCCCCUCCCGUCACCUUGACUUUGACUCAUCAUGUUUUACCUGCUGAUAUGCUAGGAAAACAGCCCCAUUAACAUCAGAAAAAGUGUUUAGAUCUGAAUCUAGUUUUACAUUUUGAAAAAUACCAGCAUGAGUCGUUUUCCGCAGCAAACCUUUUCUGACAAAAUCAAAUACAGAGAAGGCUGAACCUCAGUGUGCGCAGGUGGCUUAUUUUUACUAGCGGCUAAAGUGGAAGAUGAUAUUAAUAGUUCAUAUAGAAAAGGAUAAAUAUUUGCAUAUUGUAAUGAUCCUGGGAGAGUACUCCAAAAGAUAAUGUUAAAGCAGGGAAAUUUUAGGCUUGGAGAGAGGGUUCAGCUCAUAAGGGCUGUGUCUCCCAAGCCCGAGGAUCUGAGUUUAAUGCCCAUGGUGGAAGGAGAGAACUGACUUCCAUUAAGGUGUUUUUUAAUGCCACCUCUGCAAAUGCCUUAGUGUAUGUGUGCACACACAAGCAUAUGCUUUUGCACCGGACACACACACACAUGCACACGCACACGCACACACAAAUAAAUAUAAAGGAAAGUUUAAAAAAAUCAAUUCUACUUGUACAGGAAGAAAAAUCUGUGGGCAAAAUUUGACAGCUGAUCCGAAUCAGUGGGUGUUGCAAGACCUGAACAGGCAGACAGCUUCUUCCGUUGAUCUCAUCCUUUGGCUCUCUGCUCCCAUCCCACACCUCCUGAGGGGUCUUCACAGAACACAGCCCCAGAGACCUCCCAGUCUCUGGUGUUUUGAUUUUCACUGUGUGGUUUAGAACGGGAUUGUUUUUGUUUGUUCUGUUUGGUGAGGGUGAAUUCCUUACCUGUGCCAGUGUUACCUCCCUUAUAUCCCCAACGUGUCUCAUAGGGCUGAGUGUGCACAUCAGGCUUAGUCAAUGUAUUUUCACUAAUCAGAUCAGAUCACAGAAGGUUUUUGUUUUAAGGUCGUAAUUUAAUUAUAACAUUUCUCCCUUCCCUUUCUUUCCUCUGAACCCUCCUGUAUUCCUCUCCCCACUCUUUCAAAUUUAUGGCCUCUUUUUUUACUAAUUGUUAUUGCAUGCAUAUAUGUAUUUUUAAUAUGCAUAUAUGUUCCUAAAUGUAACUUGUUCAGUCUGUAUAAUGCUACCUGCCAUGUAUGUUUUCAGGACUGACCGUUUGGCACUAGACAAUCAAUGGGUGUGCUCUUCCCUGAGGAAGACCAUUUCUCCCAUUCCUACCCGAUCUUCAUUUAUCUAUGUAUGGUUCUUUGUGUGGGGUUGAGGCUUUCUCCUACCCAGUCUGGCAUGUUCCUUGGUCUUAUCUUUGUUCAGCUCACAUUUUGGCAGUCAUAUUGGUGAGACUUUAUGGAUGUAGCUUCUGAUAUUACAAAGAGACACAGAAAACUCCCCGAUCUUCCGGCUCUUACAAUCCUUCUGCCCCCUCUUUGGCCAUGUUCCCUGAGUCAUAGGUGUGGGAGUGUUUUGUAGGUGUAUCAGUUGGGACUGUGCUCCACAAUUCUGCAUUUUGAUUGGUUGUGGUUUUCUGUAGUAUUUUCCAUCUGUUGCAAAAAGUUUCCUUAAUGAGGGUGAAGACUACACUUAUCUGUGGGUAGAAAGACAAAUGGUUUUGGAUUGUUGUUAGGGAUUAUGCUAGCUUAGUGAAUUAGUGGUUGUGGAUUCUCCUCUAAUAACCAUGACUUCACUAGCACUGACUAGUUAGCUAGGGUUUUAGCCCCAGGCAUUAUUUUCCUUUUGUCGUGUGAUUUUUUUUUUUUUUAAUUUUUCAAGACAGGGUUUCUCUGUGUAGCUCUGGCUGUCCUGGAACUCACUCUGUAGACCAGGCUGGCCUUGAACUCACAGAGAUCUAUCUGCCUGCCUCUGCUUCUCAAGUACUGCAUUAAAGUUGUGUGCGCCACCACCGCCUGGCUUGUUGAGUGGGUCUUAAGUCCAACUAGAGAGCUGUUGGUUACUAUCAAGGUGUGCGUGCCACGACUGCACCUGUCGUGUUAUCAUGACUUGUUGGUCAUUGAUGUGGUUCAUUGGUGUCAUAGUUGGGCAGGACUGUUGGCUGCUUCCUUGCUUUGGAAGCUUCCAUGGCACCUUCUGGACACUAGAAGUGUUUGGUGGGAUUAUCCACAUGGCGUACCCUUGUGUAGCCUGUCCCCACAUUACUAUUUCAGUGCAUUGUCUUCAAUGUGUACCUUGAGAGAAUUAUUCAUUCUCUUUUUUGUAAG